ACCAAAUGGUAUGAAGUAUAAGAAGAGCAACUUAAAACAUAAAAAAAGAUGAUUAUUUUACACAACAAAGCAAUAUAUGAAAACAUUUGAAGCCGAUUCAGUAGGUAAAAUGUUACCCUCCAAAACCAAAACAACACAAAAAAUGUACAUGUAAUCCAAAUUAUAUCCAAAAGAAAAAAACCUAUUAAAUCUUUAAUAAUUUUUGCAUCGAGUAGAGAAAGAUAUCAAAAUCAUUGAAGUUUUUAUAUAUUUGAAAUCAACGGUCGGGAUGGAGAGGAGUCCUUCAUCACCAGCGGCGAACCACGUAGAGAUUAAGGUCCGACCACGCCGCGGGGACAACGUGGGUCAUCCUGCCCCGGUUGACACUUCCUCUCGGCCUUCGGCGACGCCGUUUCGGCUCACCGCCUCUUCCGGCGAGGACAAGCCAUUCAAGAGAUGGACCUCUUGGCUUGUUCCGUCGUUUGUGGUGGUCAACAUUGUCUUGUUUGCUGUCACCAUGUCCGUUAACGAUUGCCCCAAGAAUUCGACUUCUUGUUUGGCUCGAUUCUUGGGGCGAUUUUCCUUUCAGCCUCUGAAAGAAAACCCACUUCUGGGUCCCUCUGCUUCUGCAUUAGAAAAGAUGGGUGCUCUAGAAGUGGAUAAAGUGGUCCAUAAACACCAAGCAUGGCGCUUGAUCACUUGUGCUUGGUUACAUGCUGGAGUUUUCCAUUUACUUGCCAAUAUGUUAAGUCUUCUUUUCAUUGGUAUUCGACUUGAGCAAGAAUUUGGGUUUGUAAGGAUUGGAUUGCUUUAUAUCAUAUCUGGUUUUGGAGGCAGUUUGCUAUCAGCUCUUUUCAUUCAAAGUGGCAUAUCAGUUGGUGCCUCGGGUGCACUUUUUGGUUUACUAGGAGGUAUGCUUUCAGAGCUUAUUACAAAUUGGACUUUAUAUGCAAAUAAGUUGGCGGCAUUGGUGACUCUCAUUUUCAUCAUUGUGGUAAAUUUAGCUGUGGGAAUCCUCCCACAUGUUGACAACUUUGCUCAUAUUGGUGGAUUUUUGUCUGGAUUCCUGCUUGGAUUUAUAUUUUUAGUAAGGCCCCAGUACAGAUGGAUUAGCCAGAAAUUUACUUCCCAAGGCCGCACUGCUACUCCAAUUAAUAAACACAGGACAUAUCAGUAUGCUCUGUUGAUUUUUUCUCUGGUUCUUCUCAUUGUGGGAUUCAUUGUUGGGUUGAUUAUGCUCUUUCGAGGGGUUAAUGUAAAUCAGCGUUGUUCAUGGUGUCAUUAUCUUAGUUGUGUCCCUACUGCUCGAUGGAACUGCAACUCUCAAAAAGAAUUUUGCGAGACGAUCCAAUUCGGAAAUCAGAUGAAUAUGACAUGUGAAAGGAAUGGUAGAAGCAGCAUUUUUCAGUUAUCAGAUAAUAACCCUUCAAGGGCUCAGGUCCAGGAGUUCUGCCGUCAACUUUGCAGUUAGACAUCUUUUUAUUACCCCACAUAAUGCAAGGUUACUCACCUUAUCUCAUUCUUGUAAAUAAUUCAUUCUUAAAUAUCUGUAAACACCAUUUUUUCUUCUUUGUUUUCUGUAUCCAUAAGCAAUAAUUGGUUAUUUUUCACCGUUAAUCUUGCAAUGUGUUCAAAGUUCCUUCCAUCUAAA